AUGCUCGAGGUCCAAAGCGAGCAGCUCGCCAACAGCACCGACGCCGCCAACAACACCGGCGCCGCCAACAACACCAACAACGCCGCCAACAACACCAACAACGCCGCCAACAGCACCGACGGCGACGCCGGCGUCAAGGACGGCGCUACUGCUGUUGCCCCCGAGGAGUCUUUGUACCGCAUGAAGCCCGUCGACGAGCAGGCGAAGCAGGCGGUGGACAACAUCUCGACCCUGACGUCGUUCAAGUCGACCAUCAUGGCCCGGACGGCCGUCUACGAUACCCCCGAGGGCGUCCUCCAGUCGCUGAGGUUCUACAGGAGGAGGUUCAAGUGGUUCGACUUCGACGAAUCGGACCUGGAGAAGACUACCACCUACUACUGCUGCGACGAGCAGGGCAUGCACAACGUCCACCUCACCGGCCACCUCAUCAUUUGCCACAAGGUCCGCGGGAAGUACAUCUUCCGCUCCUGCGUCGCCGAGUUCUACGAACAGGUGACCUUCGACCAGCUGGCGUACAAAGUUCUUGCCUCCAGCACCUCCAUCGCCGGUGGCAUUGCCGCUAGCGCGAUUACGGGGGCUGGAUUGGCGUGGCCCACGGACGCCUUUACGUGGGGAACGGGCUCCAUAGUCGGAGGGAUAGCGGGAGCCAUCGUGGGGGUAGUGGGCGCAGUGUUCGUCAACGUGGACGCGGACUCCAAGGAGAAGCAGAUCGAGAAGAAGCUCGGGUCUAGCCUGUACAACGCCAGCACGAACAGGAUAAACAGCCACGGGAUCAUGGAGAUGCUUCUACUCCACUACCUCCUGGCCGACCAGAAGUACAACAUCGACGGGACCGACGUCCGCAUCACGGGCGUGCAAGAGCAAGACUUCCCCACGGCCGGGAUGGGUGGGGGUACAACAGGCGGCGGCGGCGGCGGGGGCGGGGGCGGUACAACCGCAUUAUAG